AUGCAAAACCUUGAGAAGAAAAUGGAUAAAUGGGAAAAUUCCAUUUCUUCAAAGUUGGAUGAAAUGAAAAAUGCUAAGGAACAAACAGAGACAUUUAUUCAAACAUUACAAAGUGACAAACUACAAGAUCAAUUGAAGUUUAAUAGAUCGUUUCAGGAAAUCGUUCAGAAUUUUCAAACUCGGGCCGACAAUGAAACUGAUGCUUAUAGAAACCAAUUGAAUACUUUGUUGGAAUCUUUGUCUUCGAAAAUACAAUUGUUCACUGAAGCUGAAAAGAAAAGGGAAAGUGUGAAAGAAUUAAUGCAGUCUACUCUUCACCAAGAGCAGAAAAGAUUGAAUUCUUCGUAUAAUCAAAUUGUGGAAAAUUUUAAAAUUUACACUAACAAGACAUUACAAGAGUUAAUGUUAAAACAGAAGCAAGGUUAUGCGGAAGUGGUAAAGCAGCGAAAUCCAGUUGCAUUCUCAGCUUACCGGACGAGUUCACAAAGUUUGACUCUUGGAGCCAAAGUGUUAUUUAAUCAAGUCUGGAACAAUGAAGGGAAUGGGUAUCAACCAAGUACUGGGAUAUUUACAGCUCCACGUGCAGGUCUUUAUCACAUCACUGCCGUGGUCAUGUCGACUCAUGGACAAACUUUAUAUCUGAGACUUUAUCACAAUACGCUGAUGACAGCAGGAAGUCAUGUCAGUGGUCGCGAUUAUGAGACUGGGACGUUUGAUGUUAUAUUAAGUCUGCAGAAGGGAGACGAAGUAUAUAUUGCAGGUGGUAGUUAUACUAUCUAUAGUGACGGUGGAACAUACAUUACAUUUUCAGGACAUAGCAUUUUGUAGGACAACAUAAAUACAGCACUAUACAAUCCUGUAUAUCUUUUUAAUGUUAUAGUUCUAAAAGAUAAUAGUUUGCAAUUAUGUAUUUAAUUUUCUAUAGCUAA